UUGAAAGUCAAGCUAGACGGACGCGUGCUGCCGUUACCGCGUUACCUGAGUCCUUCACUCUGCCGCCGCCGAGGUCAGCUGGAGGACCGGGGGGACAACCGCCGGUGGAGCCGCCGCACGAAACUUCCAGACCAACCGCUUCCGGGCAGAAUGGCGGAGAAACUGCCAAGAGAGUUGCCAAGGCGACAUGGAUAGUCCGCCACGAUGACACACGAGACCCUCGCGUGCCCGCAGCUGUCCGUCAAGGCCGCUGCGCUGCGCAUGGUCAACCUGCCGCUGUCCGUCUACGGCUCCCUGGCUCAGGUGAGCGUCAGCACAGGCACCAAGAAGCUGGUGGCCGCCGCCGCUUUCGGCGCCGUCUCGCUCCUCUUCCUCGCUCGCCACUUCCAGAGGAGGAAGGGCAGAAAGAAGGCUCACUCGCCUCAGUGGGAGCAGGCUGGUUUCGAGUUCUUCUCCCCUGACGCAGCGGAGAACGAUAACACCAGUCAGAACAUCACCCUCUCCCUCAACUCCAAGAAUGGCUACUCCUCCGGCCUGGUGCUCACCACGGGAGACCACAGGAAGCUCUCCGGCUCGCUGCUGAGCUUGGCCUCGGUGAAAAGCGUGAACUCGUCGAGCAGCAGCACCUGCGCAAAUGAAUCCGACUGCUGGGACAGAGUGGGCGACGCCGACCUCUGUGGUGUGGUCAACUUACCAGUCACCACUCCGGAAAACCUGUACCUCAUGGGUAUGGAUUUGUUCGAAGAGGCUCUGGGACGGUGGGAAGAGGCGCUGACGUUCCGGAGCAGGCAGGCGGAGGACGACGACGCGAGUUGUGCCUCCGCCAACACAGGAUCUGGAGACGCCAUCGCCGAGCAGAGCAUGGAGGACGUCAUCAGCACCGAGUUCGUCCACCGGCUGAAGUCCCUGCUGCAGAGGGCCUACCACCUCCAGGAGGAGUUCGAGGGAGUGCUGGACGUGUCGGAGCCCGAGGCCCACGGCAACAGCCAGGAUAAAAUGGCGGACAUCUUGGCCCGGGAGGAGCUGGACGACGUCUGUCUGAGAGACAGCAUCAGCAUCGCCUCCACCGACUCAUUCGUUUCUGCUGCGGAGCUGUCGGAGCAGCGAGAGCUGAGGAGCGCCCUCGCUCUGGGCCACCACCCGUUCUACGAGGAGGCGCUGCAGAUGGCCGAGGACGGCAAGAUCUCCUGCAGGGUGCUGCGGACGGAAAUGCUGGAAUGUCUCGGGGACGUGGAUUUCCUGGCUAAGUUGCACUGUGUGCGGCAGGCGUGUCAGCUCAUUCUGUGUGAGAGGACGACCCGGACGUUUCUGGCCGACACAGGGAAGAAAAUAUUGUCGUCGAUCAUCGUCAAAGCACAGAAGAGCCCAAAGACAUUCGAGGAGGUAUUUGAGGAGAUGAUUUGCUUCCUGGAGCACACGGAACACUGGGAGAACACGGAGGUGGAGCUGGCCACGCGAGGAGUGAAGCACCUGAACUUCUACGACAUCGUGCUGGACUUCAUCCUGAUGGAUUCCUUCGAGGACCUGGAGAAUCCACCGGUCUCCAUCCAGAACGUGAUCAACAACCGCUGGCUCAACAGCUCCUUCAAGGAGACCGCGGUGGCAUCGAGCUGUUGGUCGGUGCUGAAGCAGAAGAGACAACACAUGAAGGUGCCCGACGGCUUCAUCGCUCAUUUCUACGCCGUGUGCGAUCAGAUCAGCCCCGUCCUGGCCUGGGGCUUCCUGGGACCCAAGAGCUCCCUGCACGACCUCUGCUGCUUCUUCAAGGACCAGGUGCUGUUCUUCCUGAAGGACAUCUUCGACCUGGACAAAGUGCGUUACUCCUCGGUGGAGAGUCUGGCGGAGGACAUGCUCCGCCUGCUGCACCGCCGCUCCGAGUUACUGCUGGCCUACCUGGGCGCCGGCGACUCGCUGCGCCACCCGAGCGGCUGCAGUUCCCCGCAGGUACGGCUGGUGCCCAGCGCCCUGCUGGAGGCGGGAGUCCAGUGACGGGAGGGGGAGAGAGAAAAAAAAUCUCACACCGACUGUCGGACCAAAGAAAAAAAGCAUCUUUUAUUUGAGGUGGUCCAACAGACAACUCCCCCUACGUGACUCCAUUUCCCACCGUCUGCUCCAAACAUUUGAUUAAAACUAAAUAAUUUUCACCGAGGUGUGAAAUCAUACCUUGUACUCUCGUCGCUCCUCUGUAUCCGAGGACGUAGAUCAACCGAACCAGCCGUCUGCCUUCACACGGGAUCAUUGCCUCCAGCGCGACCGCCUCCCUCUCCCCUUCCCACUGUGCACCGGCACGUUAGAUUCAAAAUAUCGCAGUAAUAAUAUCUAACUCGUGAGUUUGCAAUACACUCUUGUAGUAGAUGUUACGCCGUGUAAAAAGUCCUAUUUGCUGCUAGUAAGAGCAAUUUAUGUGAAGAAAAUAAAAAAGGUUAUUUUACCGUAUUUAUUUUAUUAUACAGCUAAAAAUGAUGCAAGAAGUUGUAGUUCGAUCAGCUUAUUAGCAGUCGUAUGCCGAACGUCAUGAGAUAAACAUUGAUCAGAUCCCACCGAACAUCAGCAAUGCAAUACUAUUAAAAUGUACUGUGUUUUUUGUUACAAGCACACGUUGCCCAGGGAAAAUGACUGAAAUGUGAAACGUGCUGGGAGUUACUUUGACUAAAAGAAAUCGGUCGAGCUUCUGCUCUGUCCUCACAUGUUGCUUCACGUCUGAAUUUAUGUAUUAGUGACCCACGAGGGCUGGACAUUAAACGGACAUGACUCAAGUACAAAUUGGUCUAACGUCCAGUUGAACUCAUGUCCGGUGCAGAAACGUCAUAGAGACUCUAGUUGUUUAUGUAAAUAAAACACCAUACAGCUUUUUGCAACAUGUCCGGCCUCCUGCUCGCUCCACCCAAGAAGAAAGACGAUGUAUUUAGUAACUUUAAAGGUUUUUUCUUUCUUCAUACACUACCUAAAUGACAUGGCCCGAGGACCACGACCCCAUCAGCUACAGGAAAUACAAGGUUUAAACGUCAAUGUUUCAUAACCUUCCAGAUGUUUUCAUUUUGUCCCUCAGUUUUUUUUCAUGAUGGGCAAAACACAAGAAGCCUUAAUGUCAACUCACGUAUUCGAGCCUCGUCUUCAUCACUGAAGGUCUUUUUUUUUUCUUCAUGACCUGUUAACUUUUUUGCUUCAGUCACUGCCGUGUACAGACCAUGAACUUUGGUAAAGUGGAAUAACGUGUCAGUCAUUUCUGGGGUGAUGGACGACCCCCUCGAGUUAUUGACACAGUUGGCCAUCAUCAGUCCUUUCUGAUUCUGAACCGGUCCUAAAACAGUACUCACACAGAUGUACGUCAUUUUGUCUUGUUCAAACAAAUCCAUUCAGUCAUGCUGGUGUAAAAUUCGAGCCGUGAUGGUUUGCCUUUGUCCCAUUUGGGUGAGUUCACCGUAGGAAAAUUAGUCUAGUUUGGGAUUAGAUCCUGAUCGACGGGGAACUAAACUCAGCUUGACAUACAUAUGAUAAUCAAAAUGUUUACACAAUGGUUAUUUAAUACAAAUUGUCACUUUAGUUUUUGUCACAUCAACACUGAAGCUCUUAUUAGGCCUCACUUUGGAAGCGCCUCACUUGUUUGGUUUGUCCCCCAUGAAUCUGAAUCACUUUAGGAACAAAGUGUCGUAGCGUGCAUGCGGAUACAGCUUAAGAUAAAAUUGAGGGGAAAAAAACAACUCUUCGAAGGUGAAUCUCACUGUCAACACAAAUGUUUACUGUUUGAGUUCUUGUGAAAAUUAAGCAAAUAAAGACUUGUGUUCAAUGA